AUCAGUACGUAUUCAGUGCUCAAGCGACGAGGACGUCGUGUGGUGCGCGCCUCCAGCAGACGAGAGAGAGAGAGAGAGAGAGUAGGAAAAACUGCGCAAAGAACGAUUCACAUUAUCCAGACCAGUUUUUCGCCGUCAAUUGUGGUAAUGAAGCCCUGAAGUUCUUGCUCUCGCGCGUGGUGUCUGUUCGUGUGUGUGCUUAUGUGUGUGUUUGUAUAUAUCGGUGUUGCCAAAAAUAUUGAACUUGUUAAAGACAUUUUAUAGCGGUAAACAACACGCGCCACAACAUUUAUUUCUCAAUUUCAAGUCGGGCUCAACUAGCUUCACAAAAUGACCACCGUCGAGAAACAUGCACGUUGGUACUUCGGGGGCAUUGGCAGCGUCGGCGCGGCAUGCGUAACACAUCCUUUGGACCUGCUGAAGGUCACGCUACAAACACAACAGGGCAAAUUGUCUAUAAUAAAGUUGGUGCCAAAAAUUAUACGGGAACAGGGCGUGCUUGCAUUCUACAAUGGUCUCUCCGCCUCUGUAUUGCGUCAGCUUACCUAUUCGACGACGAGAUUUGGCGCCUACGAAUUGGGCAAAGAUUUUAUCAGCACUGACACAUUUGGCGGCAAGAUCGCAUUAGCAGGAAUUUCUGGUAUGAUUGGAGGCAUCUUUGGCACUCCCGCUGAUAUGAUAAACGUGCGCAUGCAAAACGAUGUGAAGCUGGCCCCGGAGCUGCGCAGAAACUACCGAUGCGGAUUGGAUGGCAUUGUCAAGGUGUACCAAACGGAAGGCUUUACAAAACUUUUCGCUGGUGGCACCACAGCAACGGCUCGCGGCGUCUUCAUGACCAUCGGCCAGAUUGCAUUUUAUGAUCAGAUUAAGUCAACCCUGCUGGCGACGUCCUACUUCCACGACAAUUUGAUCACACACUUCACGGCCUCACUGAUGGCGGGCACAAUUGCCACUACGUUAACACAGCCCAUGGAUGUGCUUAAGACGCGUUCGAUGAACGCCAAGCCGGGCGAGUACAAGGGCCUAUGGGAUAUUGUGCUCCACACCGCCAAAUUGGGCCCACUUGGCUUCUUCAAGGGCUAUGUGCCGGCAUUUGUGCGACUUGGGCCGCAAACGAUACUGACGUUCAUGUUCCUAGAGCAGUUGCGGUUAAAUUUUGGCUACGAGAAGAAAACCCACAAUAUAUCCACUCAAUAGUGCUAACAUUCCAGCUGCAACUCGUCCAACAAUGUGAAGCGCGCACGACCUAGUUUUAGACAAUGCUAAUUUAAAAAUUUGCUGCUGUGGCGAUUUUAUAAAAUUCACAUUUCUCAUUUUUUUUUUUAAAUAUGAGGUGUUAUCAAAAUUUUGAUCGAAUUAUGAACAAAAUUAAAAGUUAUUGUUGCCUGUGUAGAAACAUCCCGCAACAGAUUUAUUUGGAAAAAAA